GCGUUUGGCACAUUCCUAAUAAACGUAGCAAGUUAUUUGUCCACAAGAGACAUCCCAAAAACGCCGUCCUGCAUUCAAAACGCCGGCGAAGAACAACGGAGAAAAAGUAUCCUUCAAAAAUGGGUGGACUGCCAAUAGAGAAUACAUCUACAGCCAUAUCUUUGUCGCAAGUACCAAAAGAUCGAAAAUCAGCUGCCCCUGCUGUGCCUGAUUCAAAGCCAAAGAAGAAGAUUUGUUGCGCUUGCCCUGAUACUAAGAAGCUGAGAGAUGAAUGCAUUGUGGAGCAUGGUGAAUCUGCUUGUGAGAAAUGGAUUGAAGCUCAUCGUAAAUGCCUUCGAGCUGAAGGCUUCAAUGUCUGAAGCGUAGCAGACGGCCUCUGAAUAGACAAGCGGAGAUACAAAAUUUUACGUAAUGCUUAGUUUUGUUUUGGCACCAUACAAGCUCAAUUAGCUAAAUAUUUGCAGGUCAAAUUUGUUUACCCCAAAUACAGGAAUAAAGCAAGGAAGUUCUGCAAAUUGAUUUGUUGGACCAGGAAAUGCGAGAUAAUUCGUCUUGAUUAUUUGAAUUGUGAAGUACAUUUUAAGAAUGGAAAUUAGUUCUUUGCAUCAUUGCUUUCAUCUAA